AAAGAGAGGAGGAAGAACAGAUGAUAAUUGAGGAAGUGAUGCACGGUAGAGAGAAGGAGAUAGGAAUGGAUGACGAUGGAGAGGAAGGAGGGAAAAUAGGGAGGAGAGGAGGAUUUAACGAAGGAGAGGAGGCGGAACACGAAGAAAGACGUGACGAAGAAGGAGAAGAAGAAGAAGAUGAAAAGGAAGGAGAAACACCGAUUAACGCAUCAACGCAUCUCCCGGAGGAAUACGAAGACGAAAGAGAAUAUGACGAAGGCGAUUACGAAGAAGAAGAAGAAGAAGAAGGAGAAAAGGAUUUAGAAAAAGCGAGAAAUUCAGCCACCCGGUUCUCAGACUCAAAGAAAACGGGAACGCCGAAGGGAAUAGAAAACGGAGAUGAACUGGCUGACUGUGAGUGCAGUUCAACCAGACAAGUCUUCACGAAUUUUACAAUGACAGGUCGUGACUGGCGGAUCCUCCAGGACUUCGCCAGGGACGUCGGGAUGUCACUGCUGUUUGACAUCAACCAGUUCCACCGUCGAGAGGGAGACGGGCCUUGGGAUCCAGCGAACGCCAGGCUGAUAGUGCGAGACGUCGAGGAGGAGAGGGGAGCGGGGGACAUCCUGUGGCAGCUCGGGAAUGAACCGAAUGCAUACAACCACAAGUUUUCGGUGAGUAUUCCUCCGACCCAGACAGCCGAGGAUUACCUUCGUCUGCGUCAGGAGCUGGAGGGGCGCUUCCCUCACGCCGGCGUCGUGGGCCCUGACGUCACCAGACCGAAGAAGAUGAACAGGAAGUUGGCGGUAAAGAUGUCCUCCAUGGAUUAUCUUGGGUCGUUCUUGUCAACGGUGAAGAUAAACCUGACAGCUAUUACGUGGCAUCAGUAUUACGUAAACGGACGCACAGCAACACUAGAGAAGUUUUUAUCCCCUGAGGUUUUCGAGCAGUUGGUGUGGCAGGUGGAUGAGGUGGUGCGCGUCAGGGACCAGCUGUCGCCGGGCACCCCUGUGUGGCUCACCGAAACCAGCUCGGCCUGGGGGGGAGGCGCCCCCGGUCUCAGCAACGCCUUCGUCGGGGGGUUCCUGUGGCUGGAUAAACUUGGGGUGGCGGCGCGCGGGGGCAUCGGUCUCGUCGCUCGCCAAACCCUCUAUGAUGGGUGUUACGCGCUUCUGGAUCAGGAUCUAAACCCUUAUCCUGAUUAUUGGUUAUCAGUCUUGUACAAGAGGAUCGUCGGUGGUCGAGUCCUUGACCUGACUCUCCACGACGCUCCGAAAACCGUUCGACUUUAUGCACACUGUUAUAACGAGGAGGAAAAGGACCACUUGCCAGGCGCUGUUGUUAUUUACGGGGAGAACCUCGGCGCGUUUUCUGUGGCCGUCGCUCUUCAGGGGAGACUCAACGCGUCGCCUGUUCUGCGCUAUCUUCUCGAGGCGCCGAAAGGAGAACUUAGGUCGAGGGUCGUCAUGCUGAAUGGCCAGGGACUGCGUGUGACGUCAUCGAACGAAUUACCCACAAUGCCCCCGGUCGCUGCCUCAGGGGGGGAGUUAGUUCUGCCGCCCACGUCCCUCGGGUUUUGGGUGCUGCCUCACGCCCACCUGCCUGCUUGUCUCUGAGCAGUUUUAGGAGCUGGGUGAGAGCUUAGAUUAAAAAAAUAUAUAUAUAAGUAAAUAGAUUAAAUGAAUAAAUAAAUAGAUAAAUAAAUAAAUAGAUAAAUAAAUAGGUAGAUAGAUAAAUCAAUCAAUAAAUAAAAGAUAAAACGUGGAAAGGGUGUUGGUGUAGUUUAUAUGUUGUUGUUUUUCUACAUCUUUUUAUGUAAGAAUAUGUCGAAAUACAGUCCAUGUUGCUGUUUAUAUUAUUUUUCAUUAUUUAUCCUGAUUAUUUCGAAUAUGAUUUUUAUGUCCGAUAAAUAUAUUUUCUUAAAGGAAGGUAAUGAAU